AUGGGGUAUAGCAGCUGCGGACUCCGAAGACCCCGUCGGUGCCGGCUACUGGGCACGCCAGGGAUGCCCAGGACUCCGAGGCGGCCGCCCCUCCUGAUGGCUGGGUGCCAUCAAGGCCCCGGAGAUGCCGGAUGCGCGGUGCCCAACCCUUCCGGGGCUCAGGAAUUCCGGGCCGCUCGGGGCUCAGGGUCUGUAGAGCGGAUGGAGCAGCGCUGGCCCCCGAGGGGAGACGGUGGCGUCUCCACCCCUGCGUCUGUCUGUCUGUCCGUGGUCGCGGCGGGGGGCACGCGCGGGGCGGGGCGCGCGGGAGGAGCCUCCGCUGGACCACACGCCCGUCCGGAGUUUCGCGGUCGCCGUGACAACCGGGCAUCCCGCAACGGCGGCGGGAACGAGUCGUUGAGGACCUCGGAGGGCGUCCACCCGCCGCCCCUGCUCCUGGGCGGCGGCGGCGGGAACCUGCCCGGGGGCUCCCGCGACUACUCGCCACGCAGGAUCCGCCAUCUGAACGCGCAAAAUUACGCGAACCUGGAAGCGGUGGCCAGGUCGGUCCUGCAGGGCCGCUUCCAGUUCCUGCACAGCUUCGCGGAGCAGUUCCGCCAGAAGAUGCUCCGCCUGCAGACGCGGCGCUUCUCCAGCCGGACUACCUGGGGCAUAGCUGCCUUUGUGGGAGUUUUGCACUGGAUACAUCUAGUAACACUUUUUGAAAAUGACCGUCAUUUUUCUCACCUCUCAUCUUUGGAACGGGAGAUGACUUUUCGCACUGAAAUGGGGCUUUAUUAUUCCUACUUCAAGACCAUUAUCGACGCCCCUUCAUUUUUGGAAGGGCUGUGGAUGAUCAUGAACGACAGGCUCACGGAAUACCCUCUGGUCAUCAACACAGUGAAACGCUUCCACCUUUAUCCAGAGGUGGUCAUAGCGUACUGGUACCGAAUUUUCAUGGGGAUAAUGCACUUGCUUGGGAUAGAAGCCAAGACCUGCUGGAAUGUCACAAGGCUGGAACCCCUCAACGAAGUGAUGAGCUGUGAAGGCAUGUCCCCUCCCCCCAUCCUGGGAGCACAGGGAGAGGGUCACCAAUGUCUCCUUCGGAGUCUUAUCAGCAACACUGUAAACACCUGGAAAUGCUUUUGUGAAAAACUCACUGUAUUUUCUGUGACUUACAAUUUCUUUCUCUUCUCCAGUGGGACUCAGUUGGGGGGCAUUGUUACAGUACUGUGCUACUUUUUCAACCAUGGAGAGGCCACCCGGGUCAUGUGGACGCCCCCCCUCCGGGAAAGCUUCUCUUAUCCAUUCCUUGUACUUCAGAUGUAUAUUUUAACUAGAAUUCUCAGGUCCUCGUUGGGUCAAGAGAAGUAUUACCUCGCUCUCUGCCUGGCCAAUACCGCCUUCAUGCUCCCCUGGCAGUUUGCCCAGUUCAUACUUUUCACACAGAUAGCCUCAUUAUUUCCCAUGUAUGUGGUCGGAUACAUUGAGCCAAGCAAAUUCCAGAAGAUCAUUUAUAUGAACAUGGUUUCAGUUGUCCUCUGCUUCAUUUUGAUGUUUGGAAAUCCAAUGUACUUAACUUCAUAUUAUUCCUCAUCUCUGCUGAUGACGUGGGCAAUUAUACUAAAGAGAAGCAAAAUUCAAAGGAUGGGAGUGUCUGAACUCAACUUUUGGCUUGUUCAAGGCGGCUGUUGGUGGUGUGGAACCAUCAUUCUGAAAUUUCUGACAUCUAAAGUCUUUGGUGUCUCAGACCAUAUUCGCCUGAGCGACCUGAUAGCUGCCAGAAUCUUAAGGUACACAGACUUUGACACCUUGAUCUACACCUGCGCUCCUGAGUUUGACUUCAUGGAACGGGCGACUCCCCUGAGGUACACGAAGACAUUACUGCUCCCAAUUAUUUUGGUGGUUACCUACUUUAUCUUAAAAAAGACUGUCCGUGACGUCUUGUGGGUCUUAUCAGCAAACAGUUACCAAAGAAAACAGCUCCUGGAACAUGGUGAGCUGGUUUUUCACACCUUGCAGCUGUUGGCAUUCACAGCCCUGGCCAUUCUCAUCAUGAGGCUGAAGCUCUUCUUGACGCCCCACAUGUGUGUGAUGGCCUCCCUGAUGUGUUCCAAAAGGCUCUUUGGCUGGAUUUUUUACAGAGUUAAUUUUGAGAACAUUGUCUUUGGCAUUCUAACUGUCAUGUCGUUACAAGGCUGCACAAACCUCCAUAACCAGUGGAGCAUAAUAGGAGAAUUCACAAAUUUGCCCCAGGAAGAACUUAUACAAUGGAUCAAAUACAACACCAGGCCAGAUGCUGUGUUUGCAGGUGCCAUGCCCACAAUGGCCAGCAUCAAGCUGUCCACACUUCACCCCAUUGUGAACCACCCUCACUACGAGGACGCAGACCUGAGGGCUCGAACAAAAACAGUUUAUUCUGCAUAUAGUCGAAAGUCUGCCAAAGAAGUGAGAGAUAAAUUGUCAGAAUUGCAUGUGAACUACUAUGUAUUAGAAGAAGCAUGGUGUGUUGUGCGAACUAAGCCUGGGUGCAGCAUGCUUGAGAUCUGGGAUGUGGAGGACCCGUCCAACGCAGCCAAGCCUCCCUUGUGCAGCCUCCUGCUGAAGGACUCCAGGCCCUACUUCACCACUGUGUUCCAGAAUAGCAUGUACAGAGUGCUGAAGGUCAACUGA